UCUCCCAGACCUGUGUUCUGUUCUGAGCUUGUGAAUAGAACGCGCGAUGAUGUGGAUCCUAUUGAAAGCCUUUCAUUCUUUUGUAAUACAUUAGUUCUGAUGAUUUUGCCACAAACUACACCCGGGAGAGGAUGAGGCGCUUCAUCAUUUACACAACUGUGUGUGGAUUUUUACUCAAUACAGGGCUUGCACUGCAAAUCCAGUGUUACCAGUGUGAAGAGUUUGAGAAGAAUGAGUGUUCCUCCCCGGAAAAUAUAGUGAACUGUACUGUCAAUGUCCAGGACAUGUGCCAAAAAGAGGUGGUCAUGAGGAGUGAUGGUGUACUCUAUCGCAAGUCCUGCGCCACCUCGGCAGCCUGCCUCAUCGCCUCCUCUGGAUACCAGUCUUUCUGCGCCCCUGGAAAAGUGGGCUCGGUCUGCAUUAGCUGCUGCAACACCCCCCUUUGCAACGGACCCAGGCAGAGGAGGAGGGGGAGCUCAGCUACAGCACCCACAGCCCGACUGCAUGCCACCGUCACCCUGCUGCCCUUGUUAAUUGUAGUCCUUCUGACAUAGAACUAGCUUUCUAUGAUAUACCAGCAAAGUGUAGAUCUUCUAAAGCGUUAUAGAAUCAUUGUCAGUGGUACCCCUUUUACAAUGCCUUAAACCAUUAAUCAUUAAACCUGAUCCUUAAAGAGAUUAAAAAAUGUGUCAAAUGUCGGGCAGGAAAAUCAAUCAUUACUAGAGGGGAAAAAAACAACAACCUUCACUUUAGUAAAAAAAAAAAAAAAAUUGCUAGAACUUUGUUAGCAAGAAAACUAAUGGAAAUGGGACCCAAUCAAGCAGAACUUCACAAUCAGGGGAAUGGAAUGAGAU